AUGGAUGUUUAUACUACCUCCUUUACUUACCCACGCAGGUCGCGCCAUAUUCAUUCUCCAGCUUCUUCCUUCGACAUCGCAGGCAAUGACUUUCGUCAGAACGACCCCUUCCCUGCCCGCCACCUUCGCCAUGUCAGGAGCAAUCUCUCAGAGGCCUCGAUUACGGCGUCAGAUAGCGAGGCCAUCCAAAAGCUAGCCAUGAACGCAAUGUCAAUACACGGCUGCCAUGUAUCCUAUCUUAUGGCUGACCAGGGAAGAGGGUGGAAUUUUCAUGUUACUGGGCCGUAUCAGCAGGUUAUGCAAACUAGAGGAACCAUACUGAAGGAAUGCCCAAUUCAGCAUCGUGCAGCUAUCAAGGUCAUGCGCUCUGAGAUCCUGGAUUCUCCUCUGUCGGCGCCUUCUUUGAAGCCUGACGUGCGCCGCCGCCUAGAUGAGAUUGCUUCCGAAACAUUGGCGCACAUUGCAGUCGUGAACAGUCCCCUUAGCAAUGCUGGGUGGACGGGCUUGGAGACCGAGCGUGUCUGCGAAUUGGUUGUCACCGGUCAGGGUGACUCCGUUGAUCUUGCUCGCGUCCGCCUCCUUGUCAUGUUGGAUGAGCUCAGCGGCCUUCACGCCGAAUACUGCGAAAUUGAUCAAAAGCUGCAUGCAAUCGUGGCAGGCAAGAAGCGCAGCAUGCUCCAAUCUAUCCAAGAAGAGACCGGGACCAACAUCUAUUACCCGUCGCCACUUCAAGGGCUUGUUGGCCCGGACAUUGAUGUCACGGUUUCCUCGAGCGGCCCUCCUCGUACACCGAACGUCAUUUGGAUCACCGGCGAGUUCUUUGGCGUCCAGCGUGCUCGCGAUAUGCUGUUUCAAGUUUCUACCAAUAAGACGAAGUCUGUGAUCUCUCGUGAUACUGCAAUACUUCCGCGCAAGCUCGACUGGAUGGUGACUGACAGGGCCGAUGAUCUCAAGACCAUCAUGAGUGACAACGCGACUUUUAUACAAUUCCCGCCGCUAGGCAGCUCCACCAGCCUGAUCACAGUGUUCGGUGACCACAGGGUUAAUGUUCAAAGGACCAUCCGGUCCAUCAUGCAACUGGCUUGCCAAUUUUAUGUCGCUUCUUUCUGGCUGCUUCCAGUCCAGUAUAAUGUCCUACUUCCACCUACAACCCUCAACGCAUCGCAAGUCUCGACCUUGCUAAAGCAGAUCUCCAUCAGCACCGGCGCUGAGGUUGUCUUCAAGAGCAUGUGCUUCGAGAUGCAUGGUCUGGAGCAAGAAGUUCGCGCCGCCGUAGGCAUGAUCCUUGAACUCGAUGUCAUCAAGAACUUCCACCAUGAGAUUCGUUUCCAAAUCGAGCUUGCCAACGAACACCGCGAGUUCAUCAGUGGGAAGAAGAACGGCAAGAUCAACAAGAUCAUGCAGACCACCAAUGUGAAGAUCAAGUUCGAGACCUUCAAUGAUCACAAUUUCCUCAUUGACAUCGCCGGUCCUGAUGGCUCAGUUCUCCAGGGGUUGUCAUUACUCCAGGAAGAAUUGCCUGCGGAAAUGUCGUUCCAUGUUCCCGAAGCGUACCAUAAGCGCAUCAUCGGCGUCGGUGGAAGGAGCAUCCAAAGGAUCAUGAAGAAAUAUGGCGUGUAUGUCAAGUUCUCCAACGCCGAAGAGUUUGCUUCUUUGGGAGGUUACAAUGACAAUGACGAUAAUGUCAUCGCGAGGACCCCAGCUAAGAAUGCAAUCAACCUUGAUAACUUGAAGCAAUCCGUUAUGGAGCUUGUGAACCCUAAGGAUAAAGACUACGUAAACGAGACCGUCUCGAUUCCCCGUCGGUACCAUAGGACUCUUCUUGGCGAGAAGAGCAUAUUCAUUCGCGACAUCGAGACCAAGACAAACUCGCAUGUCCGCUUCCCUGAUAAAGAAACUGCUUCGGAUGUCGUCACGAUCUUCGGUCCUGAGAGCCAGGUUCAGAUUGCCGUGACUAUGCUUCUCGAACAUGUUCCCUUCGAGGCAGAUAUGGUCGUACCAUCCUCGCCGGAUCUACCGCGGGUCUGCGCUUCCGCCGACUUCAUCGCUUUCGUCGAGCGGGUUAAACGUGAGCUCCAAGUGGCGAUAACUCCCAACAUCAAGUCCCACAUUGGCAACGGCAAUGGCUCUGGCGCGGACACACCAUCCGACUAUUCCUUCAAGUUCAGAUGCCAACGCAGCAAUAGUGAUUUCCUUGUCACGGCCCGAGAGAUGCUAGAACAAUUCCUCAUCAAUCAUAACAUUCACGUGUACCCCUCUCCUACCGCACACACCCACAAGAGGGGAGAUUCAUUCGCGGAAGCCUUCCCUCAUUUCGAUAGUAAAGUUUUGUCCGCCGCUAGGACGCGCGGUCAACAAUCCAUCGAUUUGGGUCGGUCCGAUGGCAUGGUUGAACGACGACUUCGGCUCGCCAGCUCGUCUCCGGAUGUAAAGGCCCUAUUCAAUUCACCCUCUUACAUCUACAACUUGGAAACCCAUGAUGACUCACAAGCGAGCUACAUGUCCGGUAGUUCUCAGGAUUACUGGACACCCUUGGCACCUAUAGGGUCCGGACUUACCAAUCGCACUCGACAUACCGAUGAUGCGCUCAAGCGUGGCUCCGACUCCCUCCUCGAGGCUAAACUGAAGGAACAGAUAUCCAAGCCACGCUCGCUGAAUAACCGCGCGCAAUCUCUGGAUCUGACUUACUCCCUAUCCCGCAUUACCGAGUCGCCCUCCUAUUUGCCUCCACCCGAAUCCCCAACAAAUUCGACGGGUGACACUGGUGGUAAUUCAAGUCCGACGUCGGCUUCCGCGCCUUCCUUCCCCAGUGUUUACGGUUCUAGAGGAACUGUCGUGGGCUCGUCUGCUCAGCGGACAGGUCACAUCCUGGACGACGAGACUAUUCAAGAAGUCUCUCGGGUAAUUUCAAACUUGGGUCUCUAA